CUCGGGAAAGGGAAAAAUGCGGAGAUGAGAAUGAGUGUAGGCUACAAACAGCCACGACAACCAAAACCACAAAUCCAAAUUCUCACACACACACAUUCUAGUCUUUCCAGUUUCCUACUCACUAAGACUCAGUUACUGUCCUUGACAACCAUUUCUGCCACAAAACAGAGCUAUACAAAUCAUCAAUAAUGGUGUAAUACACAACAAAAACAUCACUUUCAAUUCUCUGAAAGUUGUUUUUCUCAAACAAAAACACCAACAAUAUGGGUUCAACAAGUAGAGGGUCACAAUCCAAUAACCAAGCUCACAAUCCAUCUGAUUCAAUGAGCAAAGCAAUUGCGCAAUACACUGUUGAUGCUCGUUUACAUGCUGCUUUUGAGCAAUCUGGGGAGUCUGGUAAGUCAUUUGAUUACUCUCAAUCAGUCAGACCACCCACAAUUCUAUCUGUUCCUGAAAAACAAAUUACUGCAUAUUUGUCUAGAAUUCAAAGGGGUGGCCAAAUUCAGCCUUUUGGGUGUAUGAUUGCCAUUGAUGAAUCGAGUUAUAGGGUAAUUGCAUUCAGUGAAAAUGCUAGAGAAAUGUUGGGGUUAAACCCACAUACUGUACCUUCUAUGGAGGUUGAUAGGCCUGAACUUUUGAUGAUUGGAAUUGAUGUAAGAACCCUUUUCAUGUCAAAUAGUGUGUUGUUGUUAGAGAAGGCUUUUGGGGCUAGGGAAAUUACACUUUUGAACCCUGUUUGGAUUCAUUCCAAGGUAUCUGGGAAGCCCUUUUAUGCAAUUUUGCAUAGGAUUGAUGUGGGGAUUGUUAUUGAUCUUGAACCUGCUAGAACUGAGGACCCAGCCUUGUCAAUUGCUGGGGCUGUUCAGUCUCAGAAGCUUGCUGUGAGAGCAAUUUCACAUUUGCAGUCUUUGCCUGGUGGGGAUAUUAAGAUUUUGUGUGAUACUGUUGUUGAGAGUGUGAGGCAGCUUACUGGUUAUGAUAGGGUUAUGGUGUAUAAGUUUCAUGAGGAUGAACAUGGGGAGGUUGUUUCUGAGAGUAAGCAACCUGAUUUAGAGCCGUAUCUCGGGUUGCAUUAUCCUGCUACAGAUAUACCUCAGGCGUCUAGGUUUUUGUUUAAGCAAAAUCGGGUUAGGAUGAUAGUGGAUUGCCAUGUUAAUCCUGUGUCCGUGAUUCAGGAUGAACGUCUACAGCAGCCUCUUUGCUUAGUUGGUUCCACACUUAGAGCUCCUCAUGGUUGCCAUUCUCAGUAUAUGGCUAAUAUGGGGUCCAUUGCUUCUUUAGUUAUGGCAGUGAUAAUCAAUGGAAGUGAUGAUGAAGCUGCACCUGGUGGUAGGAAUGCAAUGAGAUUGUGGGGUUUGGUUGUAUGCCAUCAUACAUCUCCGCGGUCCAUUCCUUUCCCGUUGAGAUAUGCUUGUGAGUUCUUAAUGCAGGCUUUUGGCCUACAAUUGAAUAUGGAGUUACAGUUAGCAACACAGAUGUUGGAAAAGCGUGUUUUAAGGACUCAAACUCUGUUAUGUGAUAUGCUUCUUCGAGAUUCUCCCACUGGAAUUGUUACUCAAAGCCCGAGCAUCAUGGAUCUGGUGAAGUGUGAUGGGUCUGCACUCUUGUACCGGGGUAGUUACUACCCGUUAGGUGUAACCCCAACUGAGGCCCAAAUAAAGGAUAUUGUGCAGUGGUUAUUGACUUACCAUGGGGACUCUACUGGUCUGAGCACAGACAGUUUGGCUGAUGCAGGUUACCCUGGCGCAGCAGCACUUGCUGAUGCAGUUUGUGGUAUGGCUGUUGCUUAUAUAACUCAAAAGGAUUUCCUUUUCUGGUUUAGGUCACACACUGCUAAAGAAAUCAAGUGGGGUGGUGCAAAGCAUCAUCCGAAAGACAAAGAUGAUGUACAAAGGAUGCAUCCACGCUCUUCAUUUAAAGCGUUUCUGGAAGUUGUCAAAAGUCGGAGUAUGCCAUGGGAGAAUGCAGAGAUGGAUGCAAUUCAUUCAUUGCAACUUAUUUUGCGAGACACGUUCAAGGAUGCAGAUGUCAAUUCCAAGGCGGUUGUGUAUACUGAUGGUGGGGAUAUAGAGAUGCAAGGGAUGGAUGAGCUUAGUUCAGUUGCCAGAGAAAUGGUUAGGUUGAUUGAAACUGCUACAGCACCAAUAUUUGCUGUUGAUGCGAAUGGCCGCAUUAAUGGGUGGAAUGCGAAGAUUGCUGAGUUGACUGGCCUCUCUGUGGAGGAAGCCAUGGGAAAAUCUUUAGUUCAUGACCUCGUGUUUAAAGAAUCUGAAGAAGUUGUUCAGGAGCUUCUUCAUCAUGCUUUAAGAGGUGAAGAAGAUAAGAACAUAGAGAUAAAGCUGAAAACCUUUGGCACAGAGCUGCAUAAUAAAGCUGUUUAUGUGGUUGUCAAUGCUUGCUCUAGCAAAGACUAUACAAACAAUAUAGUUGGAGUAUGCUUUGUCGGCCAAGACGUUACUGGUCAGAAAGUUGUUAUGGAUAAAUUCAUCAAUAUACAGCGGGAUUAUAAGUCGAUUAUUCAUAGCCCAAAUCCUUUGAUUCCCCCUAUUUUCGCUUCAGAUGAGAAUGCUUAUUGCACUGAGUGGAAUACAGCCUUAGAGAACCUCACUGGAUGGAGCAGAGGAGAGGUCAUGGGAAAGAUGUUGGUUGGGGAUAUUUUUGGUGCUUGUUGCCGGCUUAAGGGUCAAGAUGCUUUGACCAAAUUCAUGAUCGUUUUGCAUAGUGCCAUUGCAGGACAGGAUGCUGACAAAUUUCCAUUUUCUUUCUACGAUCGUAAUGGAAAAUUUGUGCAAGCUCUCUUGACUGCAAAUAAGAGAGUCAACAUGAAUGGUGAUAUUGUUGGAGCCUUUUGCUUUUUGCAAAUAGCAAGUCCUGAAUUGCAACAAAUGAUAAAAAUUCAGAGACAACAGGAAAAAUUAUGCUUUGAAAGGAUGAAAGAAUUGGCUUACCUAUCUCAAGAAAUAAAGAAUCCCCUAAAUGGAAUACGUUUCGCUAAUUCACUUUUGGAAUCUACGGAUUUGAGUGAAGAUCUGAAGCAAUUUAUAGAGACAAGCAGUUCCUGUGAAAAACAAAUUCAGAAGAUUGUAGAAGAUAUCAAUCUGGAAAUCUUCGACGAUAACACUUUAGAGCUUGAGAAGGCCGAGUUUAUGUUGGGAAAUGUCAUAAAUGCGGUUGUCAGCCAAGUUAUGAUGUUACUACGAGAAAGAGGCUUACAGUUGAUCAGGGAUAUUCCAGAAGAAAUCAAAACUCUGGCUAUCUGCGGGGAUCAAGUUAGAAUUCAGCAAGUUUUGGCAGAAUUUUUGGUAAAUAUGGUUCGUUAUGCACCUUCUCCUGAUGGCUGGGUGGAGAUUCAUGUUCAACCAAGACUGAAGCACAUAUCUGAUGGGCAAAAUGUUGUUUACAUUGAGUUCAGGUUGGUGAGCCCCGGAGAAGGGCUUCCUCCAGAACUGGUUCAGGACAUGUUCCGCAACAGUAAUUGGUCAACAAAGGAAGGAAUUGGGCUGAGCAUGUGCAGAAAGAUCCUAAAGAUAAUGAAUGGUGAAGUUCAGUACAUCAGGGAGUCUGAAAGAAGUUACUUCCUCAUCAUCCUUGAAUUUCCUUGUAGGGGCCUAAAGGGUGUCGACUAGUCUGGCUCUAGUAUUAAGUUAUUAUCCCGUUGUUGGAUAUUCUCACACGUACGUGUAUCUCUGUAAACCAUACUUGCCAGUGGGUAGAUCGAGCUUCAUCUGACCUGGCAGGAAGUAAUGAAAAUUACUCCUUACUUAUGAUCGAGGCUGUAGUAUUAAUUAAGUACGUUGUUAUUAACUGCGAGUAUUAACCUAACCGGCAUUAGCUUUGGUAUCCCAAGAUUUCUACCCCAGAUUCUUGUGGUGGUAGAAAAGCUGUAUUUUGCUGUAGUUAAAUCUUAGAUUGAGUGAUUAGAAGUUCCUCUCCAGGUCCUGUAAGCAUUGUAUAAAUAAAAUUAUCGUACGGAUUGAUGUAUGCAUCUGAGUUUAGGGUAUUUAUUUAUUUGGA